CUGUCAGACCUGUAAUGCCCCAGACGGGACCAGGUGCAUCGAACGGCGCGUAUGUCACUCGACCUCAGAGAAGGCAAAGGAUGUGUUUGAAGAACGGCAAUCCCUGUGAACCAUGCAGGAUGACGGCCAAAGACCAGGAGACAGAGGAGGCCCACCUGUCCAACACCAUCGAUGUACCGACUCAAGUGGAGAGCGCGUGCCAGCCUGACCCCGACAUUCCUCCCACCGGAGUCCCGAAGGAGAGGGGUCGGAACUGGGGCUGGAUUCUGUCCGGCAUCAUUUGCAUGAACGUUUUGAUCCUGGGCUGCGUCUUGGUCAGCGGCACUGCCAACAAAGAGGUGAAACUCGUCAGCACCGACCUGCAGAUCUUCCUCAUAGUCCUCCUCCUCCUCACCUCCAUCUGGAUGGUUUAUUAUCUCAGCUACACGGUCAGGAAAGAAAAUGCUGUUGACUACAAGGAUGGCCGUGCUGGACCUAUAUGGCUCCGGGGAGGACUUGUGCUGUUCGGAUUGCUCAGCAUCCUCAUGGAUAUUUUCAAGAUAGCCAGCUACGCGGGAUACCUCCAGUGCGAUUCAGCCGUUAAGGUGGCCUUUCCUGCGGUGCAACUCGUCUUCGUACUCGUGCAGACAUACUUUUUGUGGAUGCACGCCAAGGACUGUGUGCAGCAACAACGGAACUUUACACGCUGCGGGCUGAUGCUCACCCUCUCAACAAACCUCGUUAUGUGGAUGACUGCAGUGACUGAGGAGUCAAAUCACCACGACAUAGAACCCGAAGGUCAAAGCAACAUCACUGAAAUCUCAGGGCGAAGCGUGUACAUCAAUAAAGCGGCCUAUGGAGAGGAAGCGUGCAUGUGCAGCUACACUUCAUGUAGCGUCUUCAAGGAGGCCUACUACUACUUGUACCCCUUCAACAUAGAGUACAGUCUCUUUGCCUCAGCCAUGGCAUACAUCAUGUGGAAAAAUGUGGGCAGAGUGACGGAAGAACAUGAGCCCCACAUCAAAUUUCAUUUGAAGAAUAUAUUAAUCGGUCCUCUGGCAGGAGUUCUUCUCGUGGUGGCGGGUCUGGCAACCUUCGUCUUGUAUGAGAUGGCAAUGGUUAACGGAGGUGGUAAUGCUGAGCAAAGAGACAAAGUAUUGUUAAUGUACUUUGUCAUGAAUAUUGUGAUUGCAACCCUGAUGUCGGUCUCCACUGUGAUCGGCUGCGCCAUCUACAAGGUGGACCACAGGGAGCACGUAUCAGAGAAGAACCCCACACGGAGCCUGGAUGUGGGGCUGCUGAUUGGAACCUCGCUGGGGCAGUUCACCAUAUGCUACUUCACCAUCGUAGCGAUGGUUGCAACUGGAGCCAUGGGCUACCUGAACAGGCUCAACCUGGCCUUGGCUGUCCUGAUGGUGAUCCAAAUCGGCCUGCAAAACCUUUUCAUCAUCAAAGGGUUACACCGGGAGCCCUUCCACAAGGUGUACGCGGCCACCGUGGUUCAAAAUCCGUACGUGCUGCAGCCGGGCAAAGAGUCGAGCAACUUUGAUGGAUCCGACAGGGACGCGAAGCCCAGUCCGGCCGUCGCGGCACACGGUCUGCACGGACACUCGACCGAGCACAACCCCAAACUGUUGUGGAAGAGAUGGAUUUUGAAGGAGGUCUCUGCGUUUCUGCUGCUGGGCAACAUAAUACUGUGGAUCAUGCCGGCAUUCGGUGCUCGUCCCCAGUUUGACCUCGACACUGAAAUGGAAUUCUUCACAUUAAGCAUGUGGGCUUCUGUUGUAAAUAUCGGACUUCCCUUCGGCAUUUUCUACCGCAUGCAUUCAGUCGCCAGUCUGUUUGAGGUUUUUCAGUCCUCAUAACGCUGCAGGAGCGUACAACAAUCCACUGUUUUGACAAUAUAAAGUUGUUUUGUAUAAACUG